AUGCUCAAGCUCGCCUCAUUCGUUGCUCUCGCCAUGUCUAUUUCACUGGCGCAGGCAGGCAAGCGUGGUCUCGCCUGGCCUUGGUUCAACUCACCUCUCGACCCCGGAGUUCUGAACAACGGUGACGGCGAAGUCGUUGCCAUUUACGACUGGGAGACGUACGCGCCCCCAACAUCAACGGGUGGCACGGGCGGACUCGGCUUUAUUGGCAUGCAGGGCUGCAAGGACUGCAGCUCUUCUCCGUUGUCAGAGCUGCAGUCGCGUGCUUCGGCACAGGGGUGGGCUACUGUGUUCUCUGCGAACGAGCCCGAUCUGCCCAGCUCUUCGGCGUACAUGACUCCGUCGGAAGCAGCCUCCUGGUACAUCACCAACAUUAACCCCUUGGCCAUCAAGAAGGCGCUUCCUGCGAUCACUUCGUCUACGACCAGCGGGGAGGGUCUUUCAUGGCUGCAGCAGAUGAUCUCCGCGUGCGCGGGUAACUGCUACUACGACUACAUCAACCUUCAUUGGUACGGUACCAGCUAUGCGGACUUCCAGAGUCAUGUAGAGCAGGCGCACUCGCUCUUCCCGGACAAGCAGAUCGUAGUAACUGAGUUCGCACUUACGAACCCGGCCGGCGGUGCCAACGAUCAGGUUGCAUUCUUCAAGCAAGCCUUCGCCUGGUUGGAUGGACAGAGCUAUAUCGAGCUCUACUUCCCGUUCGUCGCUACAAGCCCCAGUCUCCUUCAGGCCAACGAUGGCGGCGCGGUCAGCAACGUCGGCACUGGAUCUUGCCUCUAUACCGACGCCGGAGGCCCUAGCUCGGUCGGUAACCUUAUGUACUAA